AUGGCUCUUAAUCCUCCAUCCAAACGAAAGUCGCCCUCUUCGGGGCCUUCUGGGGCUCAGGAUUCUGCGGCCGCACGCAAACGCGCAAAAACGUACGAUGCUCGCGCUCUCGCGGUACAGUCCGCCGACGCCGCUCUCUCCGCGACCGGUGAACUCGACGUGGCCGCCUAUGUGGGAGCUCGCGAAUACGAGAUCCGGGCUUUGGAGUCCGGGAUGCAGCGGUCUAAAGCUGCUUUGAUGAGUCGUGCCUUUCAGAAGGUUCCACGAUCACUGCGGAGGAGAACGGCCAGUCACAAUGUGAAGAGAAUUCCCAAGCGACUGAGGGCACGAGCGAAGAGAGAGAUGAUAGAAGACAACACGCCCACAGUGACCGCCCGUCGACGAAAACCAACAGAGCUCCUUCGUCUCCGUCUAGAAACUGCUCGACGUCUCCAGGGUCUUAAUGCGAAGACCAAGGCCAAGCGUGCUGCCUCUAAAGCGAAACGAGAUAAGGAGCGAAAGUUGCUGUCAGAAGCCGGGGAUAGCCAUAGCUACGAGAUCGCGCCCCGGGUUCCCAAGAUUAAAAAGUACAAGCUCUCUCAGCCACCGCCGCCAGAUUCAAAGUUCAAGAAGCGUCAGCGCGGGAAGACGUGGUUGCCCACCCACAUGUUCCACGCGAAGCGAGCACACAUGACGCCGUCGAAUGAGCCGCUUUGGCGAUUCGCGGUCCCAUUAACACCGACUGAGAAGAGUUACCGACCUACUCAUCGUGCAGCAGGAGCGAGAGGAGCUGUAGCGUGGGACAUGAGUUACAUUUCUACAAUCCAAUUGGAGGGAACUCGAUCGGCCCUGGAAAAUGUCCUGAAAGCGGUUGGUGUCGAUGGCGAUGACGCGUGGGGGAAUAAAGGGACGAAGUGGAGGCAGGGAACAAGGAGCCUGCGAACGUGGGUUCAUGAGAAGGAGGGCGAUAAGGGACCGAUAGCACCAGUGACGCUUAUCUGGUGUGCGAGAUCUAAACCAGAGGAUGUUGAAAUGACCAAUGCAGAUGAGGUUCCUCGGAAGAAAAAGAAGCAACCUAGAGACAAACUCUUUAUCCGCGUUCAUCCAUCUGCAUUUCUGCAGCUAUGGAACGAACUCCUCCCUCUGUCAAAGAGGCAGAACCCUCCAGUUAUGGUUGAGGAUCUGCGGUUUGAGAUUGGAAGCAUUGAGGUUACUGGACCUGGAUCUACCGAAACACUGAUUGCAACUCUGCGACCUUUCACUGCAGAGGGACAAGAGCUGCCAACGGAUAGCCCAGAAGCUACCUGGUUGUCCCUUUUGGGAGUGACAAAUCCGUCCUCUCUUCCGGCCAAUGCGCUCUUGGCCUUCUCUAUAUCCGAUCCCCGUUUGCAUUUCCCUUUGCAGCCUAUGAAGCCUCCGUCGUCCGAAUCGAGCAUGAGUGACCUUGCCGCGUUGCUUUCUUCGUGGCCGCCAGACAGAACCCAGGGACCACCGUCACUUUUUGACCGACCUGCACGCCUGGCCGCCGUCCGUUCUCUUCCUAGCCAAAAGGCGAUUAAUCGCCGGCGGACCUUAGCUGGUCCCGGGGCACAUCCCUCUCCACAGCCCUCCGACCCGCGCAUACCUAUCAUUCUUCUUGCGACUAGACCGCAAAGCAGUUCCAAGCAUAAUAACUCUCAUGGGACUUGGACUGUUCUCUUGCCAUGGAAAUGCGUCGUUCCGCUGUGGUAUAUGCUUAUGUACUACCCGCUGUCGAGUGGUGGAAACCCGAGAUUUGGCGGUUUGAAGGAGCAGCAGCAGCUUGCCUUUGAGCGUGGAGAACCCUGGUUUCCCGGGGAUUACCCUGGCACCCAGGCUGGUUGGGAGUGGGGUAUCCGUGAGCGGGAAGAGAGGCGGAAGGAAUGGGAAAGGAGGCCUAAGGGGAGGCGGAUAGAGUUUGACAGCAUCGAUCUGGGGAAUGGUCAGAAGGGCGAGAUAGGACGUGGUUGGGCCUGUGACUGGGAGAGAUUGAUCAGAGGACCCCCUGGGGCGGAAAAGGCGGAGAAUGUCCAGGACAGCUGCAGAGCUGACCAUGGAGGCUGGGAAGCAGGCUUGCAGCCCACCCUGGGUAUUCAGCAGCUAAGCUCCGAGACUGCUUCUUCUAUCAUCAAUCACCACCUUGGGGAGCUUCUUCCGGCAAGCUUGCAGUCCUUGAUUUCCAAGCCUUCCCUUGCAACCGUUAGGAUAUCACUAUAUGGUCGUGGUACACCAACCCCGUGUGCUCGCAUUUACCGUCUUCCUACCAACAAUUACGAACUACGCCAGAAAUGGCUGUCUCUAGCAUCUUCAGCUAAGGCGCCCUCGUCAUCUUCAAAACCGCUAUCCAACACCGAUCUCAAUGCCGUCCCUGGCAAAUCGCAGAACCCGAAAGAGAAACAAAAACAAAGGAAGCAGCAGCAGCAGCAGUCUCCGAAGGAUCCCCUUGUCCAGAAAGCUGAAGCUCGCCAGCGGCUGGCCGCUUCUCUGAUUGAGUCGUCACUGUCUACUGAGGAAGACACCCACCUGCCUAUACCUCCGGAAGAAGACCUGAUCGGAUUCGUGACGACUGGCAACUACAAUCUUUCCGAAGGAAAAGGAACUGGCAUCGGUUCCAUUCUGGUCUCAAAGGUGGUGGCUUUAGAGAAAAAAACAUGUUUGAACCUAACCGUUCAACGUUAUUUCUCUUCCCUCUGGUGUCAUAUUUGUAUCAGUUGGCAUUUAUCUAGACACCUCAGGCAUCAACAGGUCGGGAAUGCUCUGAUGACUAAGCCUCGCCAGCCAUGUGAUCUGGUCCGACGGAAUUCCCGUUGGAUACCGAUCGGAUCUCUGACGACUUGCGCCCAAGUCUCUAUCUCCAGACAAGACCCAGCAGCGAUUCGGGGAACCAUCGCGAUUUGUUUUUCACCCACUUCUUGUGCACAGGGACGGUUAUACCGAGCAGCAGGAGCUGAGCCAGCAAUGGGCGCCGGCAGCUCAAAGCCCGAAGCCUCGGCCGGGUCGAAACAUGUUUUCGCUAGUGAAACCCCGGUCCAAUUCUCUACCAACCUGGUAGAAGCCCUUCAGUCUUCCGCAGAGACCGACUCAACCCGUGCCAAGGAGCUCGAGCUGCACAUCCAAGCUCGCGUUGCGGAAGAGCUCGAACGUCUCCGGCAGCGGGAGCAGCAGACUCUCGAAGAGAUCGAGAAACGUCUUGCCGCUGAAACCGGCAGCCGGCCCUCUGCUGCUGCGUCUACUGCAGCUCCGUCCCCCUCUAAGUCUGCCACUAUUCCCGGAUCUCUAAACCUCGACGCUCCUCGGAUCCCCUUUGCUGGCCGAGAGUUUGAUGCACCACCGGCCCCAGCCCCAGCCCCAGCCCCUGAGCCUGCUCAGCAGCCGCAGCAGCAAGCACCCCCUGUUGUCGAGCGGGAUCCCUCUCGCGACUCCGUGCUGAAGGAGAUCGAACGCCUCCGAAGCAAGCUCGAAUCGCGGAAGAAACUGGCGGACUUGGACGAAGGCGUGGAGCGAGCCAGAUCAGAGGUGAUCAGCUGCCUGCGGACAAAUGACCGACGGCCGCUCGACUGCUGGAAGGAGGUGGAAGACUUCAAGCGGGAGGUGGCCAGGCUUGAACGGGCCUUUGUGGACAAGGUGGUGGGAUAA